AUGAAUGUUCAUAAACUGUGGGAGUACAAGGAAUACGUAAACGUCAACGGAAAAAUGCUGAGCAAUGAACUGAUAUCUCUCUUAGAAAACUCACUCACUCUCCUUCAAGCUGAGAAUCAUUUCACUCACAUUCAGUACUGGGGUCAACUGUUCGCAGUAGACGCCGAUUAUCACAUAGCAGUUGGCAUAAAUAAGGAUGCAAUCGCAGACAGAAAAUACUAUUACACAACUGACUUUAAAUUCUGGGGCUUGCUGCCCAAAGCGAAAAAGAAAUACAAGCAUCUGUCAUUACUAACAACCUUUCCUUUCCGAGGAGAUCCAGCUUUGAAGAUCAAAGUGUUGGAUGAGGCAUUAGAAGAAAAUAAUCCAGACAGGUGUCAAUUUAUGAAAGAGGAGAGUAGGCUCGCUGCAACUAUUAGUAAUAUAUGUGAGGAGGCCGAGAUAUGUGCAAGGGGACAGCUCAUAAAACACCCGGAUGGUACAAUCGUAAUAAAUCCCAAUUACUACGGACUGACUGCGUCUGAAGCGAAGCAUCUCAAGUCGUAUCUCCACAUCCGUCCACCUCAACACCGCUGGAACACCAAUCUCCUAACCAGACCGGAUUAUAACUACAGCAUGGAUUUCUUAGAUUCCAUCGAUCAAGAUAUACCGAAUGGCUGUUGGAACUUGUCACUCGAGCAGAAUGGGAGUAUAGUUUAUUUAAAGAGUCUGUACUGGCCUGGAAUGAUGUUUUUCCAUAAAGUUCAAACGCCUAACUGCGGUUUCUUAUACGUGGGCAAUGGAAGGAAAAAUUUAGAUGUACCAUUUUUGUUGUAA